CUUUCAAAUCGACAUCGCAGUCGCGACAAGCAGACAGAAAAUUCGAGGGUCGCUACCUAUCUGCUCUGUUGAGCUACGUCGGGAAGGCACACCAUUACGAGCACUUAAACGAAACACAAGACGAAAUUCCACUGCUUCGUGUUCAAAGAACGAAGAGGAAGCCCGACCUAGUUUGUAUCGGAAGCUUGCUGGCCAGAAUCCAUCAACAAAUCCUCGAGGCUGCAAGAGUGGAGCGACGCUUGCACGACGGACUUCCUACUGAAACCUUGCACUGCUUCCUUUGCUGUUACCAGCACAUGCGCAUGGGAGUAUCCGACUUCUGAAACCAAGUCCUAUCUCAAGGGCGGCGGUGUUUCUGACACCAUGGCUUUCAGCUUUGGAAGCGUCAACAACGCCAUGAUGGGCACUUCCGCUGGCGGCACGGGAGGAGUGACGCAGGGCCCCGACCUUGAAGCUAUCCACACAGAGGGUCUCGGGUUCCUCUCUAUUGCUGGUGAAUCGAAAGUCCAGUUGACCUCAAAAUGGUCUCCUCCACCCGCUCCUACCGCGUCGCUUAUGAGUAUCGCCUCUCGCAAAGGUCUAGUCGCCGCCGCGAGCCCUGAUGCGGUUCACAUUGCUUCAACUGAGUCGGUACGGAAGGCAUUCCAGAACGAGAAAACCGGCGAGAGCGAAGUGCGGCCGUUUGAUCCCCAGGUCAAACUUCCACUUCCGAUUCGAAUCUCACAACUCGCCUUUACGGCCGACGAACAAUACCUUGUCCUCUCGGCAGAGACAGGCGGUGGACUCGCGGUAUACGAUGUCCAAGCCCUUGUCCAAGGGAGUACACAAUCUGCUUUUGAGCUCAGCACAAACGGGGAGACUUUGCGGGCCCUGGUUCCCAAUCCGAUGCCUGAAAUGGGUGCAUUUUGUGCCAUAGUCACGAACAACGGAAACCUCUUCAUGGCGAACUUGGCUGAACGGAAGCUUUUUUCGGGUCCCAAUGGGCCAGUGCUGCGCUCGCAGGUCAGUUGCGCCGCUUGGAGCACCAAAGGCAAGCAGCUGGUUGCCGGCAUGGCGGAUGGGUCUGUCUACCAGAUGACACCAGACGGGGUAGAAAAGGGCCACAUCCCCAAACCGCCGAACCUGGGCGACUAUCACGUCGCCUCGCUGACAUGGCUUGAAAACCAUGUUUUCCUUACUGCUCAUAGCCCAACGAACAGCCAAGAUCCGUCCGUCUUCCACAUCAUCACUCGGCAACAGCCGGCUGGCGGAACACCCACAUUCACCUUUCAAAAGCUUAGCGACCCAGUCGAGCCCUUUCUGUCUGACAAGGUUCCCCACCACACAGUCCUCAGGCUCAAGGACUUCCCUCCAAACCUCCAGGAUCUCCUUUUAGUCUCGUCGACCGCCACUGAGAAUGUUGGCUUGCUGUCGCGGUCGAAGACGCCCUUGGCAAGCGACAAACCAGCAGAAGCAAUCACCAACGUCUUUACUACGACAGAGUUGGCCGAUGACUCUAGGCGCGCGCAGCUGCCGAUGAGCGAGGAUUUGACUGAUACGUAUCCCAUUGGAACUGCACUCGACCUGUCCAGUAAAGAAAAGGUGUAUAAGCCAAUCCCAACUGAUGAGAUAGAGCUCUCGCCCGGUCCAUUGCCGGGCUUGUGGGUGCUGAAUAACGAGGGUGUCUUGUCUGCAUGGUGGGUGGUCUACAAUGAAUCGAUCCGUUCAGGGACGACUUACCCGGGAAUCGCGGCCGGCGAUACCGCUGCGCCAGCUUUCUCCGCUGCAGCGCCAUCGGCCUCAGGCUCUACCGCCUUUGGCUCUCCCGCUAGUACAGCCCCGACGUUUGGAUCACCGUCCACUGUGGCUCCCGCUUUUGGGGGGCCAUCAGCCCUUGGAGCAAAGCCGUCCCCUUGGUCAACGUCCGCAGGUGCGUCUACAACCCCAGCUUUCGGCUCAAGCUCUUUUGGCAGCAACUCGCCAGCUGCUGCACCAGCUGCACCGGCGUUCGGAAAGUCUUCAUUUGGAUCCCCUCAAGCCGCGCCUGCUUUUGGCCAAUCUUCGUCCCUAGGGCUAGGCAGUAGGGCGUCCCCUUGGGCCACCGGAUCAACAAACACUGCUACGCCGGCAUUCGGGCAAUCGGGGUUUUCUGCUGCACAGCCAAGCCCUGGUAAGGUGUUUGGCAGCGCCGCCAGCACCGCCCCAACUUCCGGCGGAUUCGCGAGCUUCGCCGGCAAAGGAGGUUUCAGUGCCCUCAGCGGUGCUUCGACCGGAUCUAGCAUCUUCGGGUCGAAGCCCAGUAGUGGCUUUGCAUCAAAGGCACCAGAGGUCUCGAUGAGUACUGAUACCGCCUUUCCUCCUCCAAGUGAGAAGAAGGAUAAGCCGACCUUCGGGUCCUCUUCUUUUGUUCUUGGAACAACGUUCAAACCAGACACCUCUACGGUCCAGGCUGAUGAAAAGCAGAGAGACGAUGGCGGCAAGUCUCUGUUUGGAAGCGGAUUUGGCCUUCGUCUUGAUGAAGCCGCCGCACAGCCAGCUGUGCCCGAGUCCAAAGAGGAGGACAUGGAGAGCACCACACCGCCACCACCAGAGGAAAAGCCCAAGUCGAUCUUUGCCGCCGAGUCUACUACACCAACCACUACCCCGGCUCCGCAGAGGUUCGACUUCAAGACCGCAACUCCUGCGGGCGGUUCCAGCAUAUUCGGUUCUAAACCUGCUGCGUCUGGUGGAUUCUCUAACAUCUUUGGCACUCCAAAGACUGCCUCAAGUGAAGUUCCCAAAAAGGAGCCGGUAUCCUCGAUUUUCGGCACUCCAAAGAUUAAGCUGGAAGAGGAUGAGAAUAAGGAAAACAUCUCAAGGAUCCCUGAGGCGCCUCUCGCGCCCGAGGCCACCAUCUCCAAGGCACCUGUAAAAACAGAGGAACCUUUGCCACCUGCCGUCCCGAACGAACCCGUCCCUCCGAAGAAGGACGAGCCGAUAUCCCCCGGUGAAGCACCAGGCCCGCUUGCAUCCCCGCCCCUGCCCCAGGAAAAGGAGACGAAGGCAGCUGUUAAGGAAGAACCGGAAAGUUUGCCUGCUGUGCCCGAUAGCGCUGGUGAAGAAAGUGUCUCUGAGGAGGGUCAAGAGAACGAGGAGGGCGAUGAGGGCGAUGAGGAUGAGGAAGGUGAUCAGGGUGAGGAGAGUGAAGGAGCAUCGGAAGCCGCCAGUGAAGGGAGCGGCGUUGAUGUCGCUAAGGACCUCAACCAAACAACUGGACUUGGAGGAGGCCGCACCCCCUGGUUCACCCCUCACAGCUCUUUUGAAGGCAUGGCGGGAAGCACCUUCUCGACUAUCUCCCGCUCUGAGGCUGAUCAGCCACGCCCGUUGUUCGGUGAAAUCAAACAAGCGCCUCCUCUUCUCGCGAAGCCGGUGCCGCAAAGUCCACGUUCGCCUAGUCCGAUGCGUCGUGCUCCUCGGCGGAGCAGUGCCCUCAGACCUAGCGAAGCGCCUCGGUCUUUCAGCGCUCCGGGGGUAGCGUCACAGCUCCUAGGUCGGAAGCCAUUACCUACACAGUCAAGUUUAGGAUUCGCAACCGGACAACGAGCCACGCCUUCGGUUGACCCUAACGUACAAGCGCAACGGAAGCAGGCAGCCAAGAUCCAGGCUGAGGAGCAUGUACUGGUUGAUCCAGAAGACGAAGGAAUCCAGCAGAUCUUACAAUCAGAGAUCGAGCCGUCCUUGCGGAUACACGAAUUUCUUGCCACAGAUUCGAAGCUAGAGGUGUUAGAGACGUCCGAUCGUGAGGGAGUACCGGCAGCCUGCGAGACGUUAUGGAGAGAUAUCAAUCGGAUGAUCGACAGACUCGGCCUCAACUCACGCUCACUGCAGUCUUUUAUCCUUGGGCAUACGACGCAAUUCGCAGAGGGCGGACGGCAACUUGAGGAUCUUGAGGACUCGAGCGAUUGGGUGCUGGUAGAGGCGGAGGAUCUUGGCACUCUAAUAGACGUGGAAUUGAUGAAUCGACUAGAAAAGGGACGCAUACAAGACGUUGAGGGAACCAUUGCCGCGAUCCAGAGUCUAUCGAAAGACCUUGCGAAACUCCGCGCCAAGGAAGAAGACAUGCGCAAGAUAAUCAACUUACACGUCGACCCAGAUCAGAUUUCGGCAGCCAAGCUACUUCCCCUCAGUGCUGAACAGACAGCACAGCAAAACGAGCUACGCAGGUCUUACGCGAGCUUCCUGAGCUUGCUCGGCGAGGCCGAAAAUGCCUUGACGGUGCUCAAGGCCAAGAUGGCCUCUGUUGCCGGCGCGUCGGGUAAGGCGUCCGUUCCCACCGUCGAAGCCGUCAUUCGUACUAUCAACAAGAUGACGAGCAUGGCGGAGAAGCGCAGCGGGGACAUUGAUGUGCUCGAGAACCAGAUGCGUCGCUUGCGGCUGGGAUCGGUGGGUCACAACGGUGGCACUCCUGGGCGUGAUAGCGUUGGGCCCCGUGAGGGCUCGCCGUUCGCCGGAACGCCUACUCCCCAGAGGAACAGGCGGUCGGUCAUUAUGACGCCUGACCAGCAUAAGAGGGACUCGCUCUCCAGGGGCCAGGGCACCCCUGGCACGUCGCCCAGGAAAAAGAUGAGCAUGUAUACCGAGGAGGAGAAGAGAGCGGUCCGCACUAAGGAGGCUAAGAGGAAGGCGACGCUGCAGAUGCUGAGGACGAGUCUGCAGCGCGCGGGACCCAAUGUUGCCAGGUUGAGGGAUGACGAUUGAACGGGGAAAGGGUUAGGAGAGAAGCAUGGAUUUCGGCAGGGAGUAUGGAUUAUUGCUGGGUAGGAUAGCCCAGAAUGUAUGCCUACAUCUUCCAGUGUAUGAUUGGUACUGAGAAUUUCUUGUUCACCGAUGAGGGUUCUGGGCCUGCGGAAUCAGUAAGCUAAGACGGGUGCAGUAAGUUGCAUAAGUAAACUGC